AUGAGUGAACCUGAACCUUUCGAUCCAAAAGAUUUAGAACAAAUAACAGAAAUUGAAGAUCAAAAUGAUAGAAAGCAAAUUCUAGGAAUAUUAUCAGGAACAGGGUAUAACAUCAACCAAAUUAUAGGAGCUGGAAUUUUCCAAAGUCCUGGUAAUAUAUGGUGGCUAGUUCAGUCACCAGGAAUUGCUUUAAUAUUUUGGGCUAUUGGUGGUGUUGUGAGUUUAUUCGGAAGCCUAGUUUACAUCGAGCUGGGAAUUAGGACGUAUCGUAGUGGAAUAGGAGAACAAAUAUACAUCGAUGAAGCGUUUUAUUGUGUAAAUAAUUUGGGGCAUAUAUUUAGUUUGGUUGCAAUUUUUGCGAUCUUUCCCGCUGGAAUAAUUGCUGAUUCCUAUACUUCCGCCAAAUACCUUCUUUAUGCUAUUGAAGGAAAUUCUUAUAGCAGUAACGAUAAUAAAAUCAUCUUGCCGGCUGUCACGAUUAGUAUUUUAGGAAUUAUUACAGUGUAUCACGUAUUCAACAAUAGAUUACCCGUUUAUAUAAACCAAACGCUUGCCUUGAUAAAGCUUUUUGCUCUACUUAUUAUUUCCAUAGUUGGAUUAGUAAAAUUAAUUACUAAUGACAAUAAUUGGAAAAGUAUUUUUGAUACAUAUUCACCUAACUUGGGUGAUUAUACCAGUGCUAUGAUUAAGAUUCUGUUUGCAUAUGGAGGUGUGUUAAAAAAAUCCAAAAUAUUAGUCGCUCGUAAAUAA